AUUUAGGCGGUUAAUUUUUUUUCUUUCAUUUUCUUCAUACUUUACUUAAAAGGCUUUGCUUAACACUGUAAAAAUAUAGUAGAAAAUUAUAAAUUCCAAAAUGGUGGCUGAUAAAGUAGAUUUAUCUUUGGAUGAAAUAAUAGCUUCAAAUAAAAAAUCUAGAGGUGGAAGAAGCAGAGGACGAGGAGCAGGAUCUGGUCGUGGUGGAACAAGUCGUCGCGGUGGAGCUGGAGGUCCUAUAAGGAAUACUCGCGGAGGACGUGAAAGAACAAUUCCAUACAGACGACCAAAAUCUAUUCCUGAGCGUUGGGAGCAUGAUAUGUUUGAUGGUUCAUCUUCUCGUGGACGAUCAAACAUUGGCUCUUCUGAUGGUCUUGUAACAGGUACACAUUUACAAAUAUCAAAUCUCGAUUUUGGCGUGACUGAAUCAGAUAUUAAAGAGCUUUUCAGUGAAUUCGGAAAUUUGAAAAAAGUGAGAAUAAACUAUGAUGAGUCAGGGAGGUCUCAUGGUACAGCUGAUGUCUUUUUUGAGCGAAAGCCAGAUGCUUUAAAGGCACUUAAAACUUAUAAUGAGGUGCCUCUGGAUGGUCGUCCAAUGAAAAUUGUGGCAGUUUCAGGAGGAGCAUCAUUUGAAAAACCUUUUACAAGCCCGGGAAGAAGAGGUAGCGGUUUCCGUGGUAGCUAUCAACAAAAUAGACGUGGUUCUAAUAGAGGUGCUUUAAAUAGAGGUGGUGGAAGAAUGCGUCGUGGAAGAGGUGGUCGUGAAGCUCCACCAAAUAGAGAACAACUUGAUAAAGAAUUGGAUAGUUAUAUCGAAGAAAAGGGUGAAUUGUAAAAGCUGAAUCGCCAUCAUGUCGUCAUUUGUCAAGCUGUGUUCCGUGAUGAACGAUCGAAAAAGAUGUCAUGUUAAUACGUCAAUUAAAUUAAUUCUUGAUAAAUUAA